AUGGAUUUACUUUCUAGGUUCUGCCGCACCCCGGACUUGGAAUCGCAAGACACUGUCAAGACGCUGAAUGAGGUCCGCGACAUGUGCAACAUGGCGAGGAAAAAGGGAGGACGCCCAACGAGGACCGUGAAUGAGAACCAUGGCGACGAAAUAGAAGACGCCACAGUUCCUGGAACUCAUCCCCAGGUAUCUUUCUUUUUCAUUUUGUGAAAAUAUCUCACCGACUCAUCCAAGAACCGUUAACUUUGAUAUUUCCGAAACAUUUAUCGAAAAAACCAUGGGUUUACUUUCUAGGUUCUGCCGCACCCCGGACUUGGAAUCGCAAGACACAGUCAAGACGCUGAAUGAGGUCCGCGACAUGUGCAACAUGGCGAGGAAGAAAAGGGAGGACGCCUAA